AUGGCUAACAUUGGCUCUCCCAAUAUAUGGUCAACGAGACGUGCCGCCCAAUCUUCCUGCACUCUCCCAACCCCAUUGGUGUCCUCAUGGUAUCUUCAACCACGGAUUACAUCACAGAACUCCGAUACACGAGAACAAUUGGUACUGCGCGGAGACUCCGAUCAAACGACUCCCGUAAUCGUAACUCGGGCCAUAGCUCAUCUUACUCCACAGUCUACACCGUUUAGAGCUAAUUACGAGUCCGACUUUCCAGCAUUGUCACCACCUCCAAGUCCGCUGCUCUCGGUGGCUAUAACCCCCUCAUCAGAGUUUCAAACUCCUUUAUCGUACACCGGCCCAAGAAUGGGUUACCGUACCCUAAGCUCCCCAGCGCAAAGCAAUACAUUUGGAGCCCUCGCCUACUCGCCAAGUAUCUCGCCUUCCCCACCAAGGCUAGUCAUCGAUGAGGAACCACCCCCAAGAUCUUCCCCCACUUCCUGGCCAUCUCAUACACAAACUCAAAUCCUGAGGCCAAUUCAUACCGAUAUUAUAAGUCAGAACCGUACUCAGCAUCAUUCCUUUGUGGCUUCUUCUCGCCCGCCGAUCCACGAAUUCCAGUUUCCUCCAUAUCCAAUUCAGCCUCGCAUCAUCGCACAUUACCACCAACCUGCUCGCAUCUCUCGACAAUCCCAACAUUCUCAGGGGACGAUCCAGCCUAAUAGUUCUAUUUCCGCUCAACUUCAACCUAAUCCGCUCAAUUCAGCCCGUACAAGAGUUCAACCUGACGCCCGUACGCGUCCCAGGCCCGACCAGGCUGUCCACCUCUUUCAACCAAAUGCCCACGUUAGACGACCAGCACCCAGACCCCAUCCACAAACCCAUGUCGUCUCAUCUCCCGUUCCAAAUCGUAUAUUUAGACCCCCAAUUCGUCGCACUUUCUUCCCGAACCAUCAGUCCAAUCGAACUAACUCGGGUGGUGUCAUUCCAGUACCCAGACCUCGUUCACAUAUUCAUGGUCCCCCUCCGCCCACCUCAGAUCCCAUUACUAGGUCCCUAAUUCGGCGGAUUUUCUUCCCAAAUCAUCCGUCCAUUCAACUCAACUUGGAUGGUAUCAUUCCAGGAGCCAGACCUCGUCCACAAAUCCAUGGUCCCCCUGCGCCUGUCCAGAACCGCAGCACUACGCCUCCCAUUGGUCGUGUCUUCUUCCCGAAUCAACCGUCCAAUCGACCCAACUCGGAAGGUAUCGUUCCAGAAGCCAGAUCUCGUCCACAAAUCCAUGGUCCCCCUACGCUUGCCCAGAAUCGCAGCACUAGGCUUCCCACUGGUCGUGUCGUCUUCCCGAACUAUCCGUCCAAUCGACCCAACUCGGAUGGUAUCAUUCCAGGAGCCAGAAUUCGUCCACAAAUCCAUGGUCCCUCUUCGCCUGCUCCGAAUCGCAGCACUAGGCCUCCCAUUGGUCGUGUCUUCUUCCCGACCCAUUCGUCCAAUCGUCUCAACUCGGUCAUUGGGAUACCAUUAGCUACGAACCAAUAUGAGGCGUUGAGUACCGAUGAUGACGUUGACGUGGUUGUAUCCCAGGAGUCUCCAUCAACAAGGAGGGCAGCUCCAUCAACAAGGAGUUCCAUGCCACGUGGGACACCACUCCGAUGCUGCCAUUUGUUGAGAGAAUAG